CAAUCUCCCCUCUUACCGGUCUUUCUUUCGCGCGAUAUCAUCAUUGGAAUCUGGAUAUCUGUAUAUAGCUGAAACCGCACAUCGACUCAAAUAUGGUUUUCCUUCCUGCGAAAUGGGCAGGCACGCUGCCGGCUAUUCCGGACAAUAUUCCAUUGAGCGAGUUCAUGCUUACGGACUUGCACGGGCGCAAUCCCCUGGGCUACUCGAGAGAUCCUUUCACUUGUGGUAUUACUGGGAGAAGUUUCUCGGCAUUGGAGGUGGUGGAUCGCGUCGAUUAUUUGUCUCGCGCUUUGGCCAAGGAACUGAACUGGAGGCCUAACACGGGGACUGAGUGGGAUAAGACUCUUGCAAUUUUCAGUUUGAACACCAUCGAUACCUUACCUUUGUCAUGGGCCGUCCAUCAGUUGGGGGGUGUCGUCUCCCCAGCGAACGCAUCCUACUCGGCAGCUGAGCUGAAACACCAGUUGCUCGAUUCCAAAGCCAAGGCACUAUUCACCUGUCUGCCACUACUAAAGACCGCUCUCGAGGCCGCCUCCCUAGCUGGGCUGCCCAAGGAUCGUAUAUACUUGUUAGAAGUCCCGCCACAACUCACGCCUGGAAUCAAGGCCCCGGCGCAAUACAAGACCGUCUCACAAUUCAUCGAAGAAGGAAAGGCGCUGCCGAAAUUGGAGAGGCUGAACUGGAGCGCCGGAGAGGGUGCUCGUCGGACUGCAUUCCUAUGCUAUUCCAGUGGAACAUCCGGUUUACCGAAAGGUGUCAUGAUCUCGCAUCGCAAUGUGAUCGCAAAUGUACUCCAAAUCGGGGAAUUUGAGGCCACUUAUCGCGAAUCCCUCAAAGCCCCGGGAAGCCAGUCCGACCAUACUGAGGUAUCGCUGUGUCUGCUCCCCCAAAGCCACAUCUAUUGCCUGGUAGUCAUCUGCCACUCGAGUCCAUUCAGAGGCGACCAAGCCGUUGUGUUGCCCAAGUUCGACUUGAACUCGUACUUGGCGUCGAUCCAAAAUUUCAAGAUCUCGGCAUUGUUUCUGGUCCCUCCGAUUAUUAUUAACAUGCUUCGGAACCAAGAAACUUGUUCCAAAUACGAUCUUAGCUCAAUCACCAGCCUCUUUACCGGCGCCGCACCCCUGGGUGUGGAAACAGCGGCAGACUUCCAGAAACUAUAUCCAAAUGUGAUCGUUCGGCAAGGAUACGGUCUGACUGAGACGUCAACUGUGGUAUGCUCGACUCACCCCAGUGAUAUAUUCCUGGGUUCAUCGGGAUGUCUCCUUGCUGGUGUUGAAAUGCGUCUUGUGACUCCUGAGGGGAAGGAGAUCACAAGCUAUGAUACGCCGGGCGAGCUGGUAGUCCGCAGCCCUAGUGUCGUUCUUGGAUACCUAAACAACGAGAAGGCGAACAAGGAGACGUUCGAAGAUGGCUGGAUGCGAACCGGUGACGAAGCCGUGAUUCGCUUGAGCCCAAAGAACACGGAACACGUCUUCAUUGUGGACCGUAUCAAGGAGCUCAUCAAAGUCAAGGGAUUGCAGGUCGCUCCAGCUGAACUGGAAGCCCACCUCCUCACCCACCCAGCGGUUGCUGAUUGUGCCGUCAUCGCCAUCCCGGAUGAAGCAGCUGGAGAAAUCCCCAAAGCUAUCGUUGUCAAGUCUUCUUCUGCUAGCGGCAGCGACGAGGAAAUUAUUGAGUCGAUCAAGAAGCACGUCUCAGACCACAAAGCCCGGCAUAAGUGGCUUAAGGGUGGGGUUCGUUUCAUUGAUGUUGUUCCCAAGAGCCCCAGUGGCAAGAUCUUGCGCCGGCUGCUUCGCGACCAAGAAAAGGAAGCAAGAAGACAGGCCGGCUCAAAGUUGUAGGGGGUCAUAGGUGGAUUGGAACAAUUCACGAGUCAUCUGUUCCAUCAUGAUUCACGUUGCGAUGUAUGCAUUGCAUAUUCAUAGAUACGAUAUCAAUUAUGAGUGUACUAUAGAGUUAUCGUUGUUACUCGAUCGGCGAUGCAAGCGGCGGCUGUUUGUCGUGUUUGCACCCGCCGCGGGGAAG